AUGUCGUCGCCGGCGUGCGAUUCGAAAGAAAGCCAACUGUUCCAGAGUUUUAGCCAUCGACGAGCGGUGAGUAGUGGUGAGCCAUCGUUGGACGGAUCAGUGGACGAAGAACGCGGCGCACUUAGUGAUUCCGAUUUGGCCGGUGUUGCACGAAUUCGUACUUUGGCAACAAAAGCGAAGGGUCCAUCAAGUGAUGCGUUGGAAAAAGAAUGCCGUACCGAGCAAUCGCUGCUGAAUGCCGAUGCUGCUGCUGACCGUUGCUCAACAUCAAAAGAAGACUGGAACGACAUUUUGGGCAGUGGGCAGCUAUUUUGUAAAGUCAUUAAAGCAGGCAAUGGACGACGAGCUCGCAACGGUCAACGAGUGACCAUCAGAGUUUCGGACACAUUACUGGGGAUAGACAAUGUUACGGAGAAAUCAUUUAUUCUUGGCUUCAGUAUGGUCAUUGAUGCAUGGGAGUUAGUGCUGCAGUUGAUGGAAGAGGGCCAAAUUGAUGCUGUAAAAACCGAGCAUCGAUUUGCAUAUGGCAGUACGGGCGAUCCGGAACGUGGCAUCCAGCCCUAUCAGGCAAUGCAGUACGAAAUUGAGUUGAUCACUAUUGCCGAUGGACCAAUGUACACGGCGUUGGAGAACGAUGAACUGAUCAGACACAUAACCGAACUGAAAGAACGGGGAAAUUAUUAUUAUGGCCGAAAAGAGUUGGAGAAAGCUAUUUUUGUCUAUAAAAGGUGA